AUGGGGAGGGGGCACUCGUCCCCUUCCCCCACCCUUCCCUUCUGCCGGGCAGGGGUGGGGGGAGGGGCCGGACUGAGGCGCGGCGGCGGCGCUUCGGGAGGGCAGGGCCAGGCUAGGGUGCGACUGGCCCGCUGCUGGCGGAGCGGAGAGCCGCGGAGCUAACGGGUCUGGACGCGGGCGGCGGCGGCGGCUUUCUGCACGGGCGGAGGCGGCGGCAGGAGCGGCGAGCAUGGCCCGCGCGGCAUCCGGCGCUGACUGAGGGUCACGCUGCGGCAGCCUGGCGCCUGACGAGUGAGGGGGAACCUGCCAGGGGAUUACUGCUAGCACAAGCUCCGGCAGGACAGCCUGGCCUCGGGGGAGUAGGGAUGGGCAGAGCAGCCACCGAGCCCAGGCCAGCAGCUCCAGGAAGGAGGCCUGGGCCCUGAUGGGGAGCUACAUACACACUCUGCUGACCCAGAUGGCUUGGACGCAGCCCUUGGAGAGCAGCAGCUGUUCCCAGCCCCCUGAGGACCCCACUGCAGGAGUAGGUGCUCUGUGACUCCCCACAUCUCCGCAGCUGGGAGCGUGAACACCAGAAGAGAGAGCAGCGCUUGGAUGGGAUGCAGCGGGGUGGAAGCCAACCCUAGGAGGUCUCGGUCUCUGCAGGAGUUUCCUGACCCUAAGGGGCUUCCGGGUUUCCUGCUAUCACGGGUGGAGCCCGCUUCCCCUCCCCUGGCAGCCAGGGUGGAAAGGGCUCUUGCAUGGAAUUCGGCCCCCUGAAGCCAUGUAUGCUCUGUCCUGAUCAGACUUGUGGUGCUUCCCCGCUGUGGGGGACAAGGGCCUGCCUCAGCAUCUGCUCAUGAGCCACAAGGACUCUGACUGUCCCAGACUGGACCUUUCCAAGCCACCAAAGAGGGGAACCUCCAGAGCUGGCAGCCAGCAAUCCCAAGGAACUAGAGGGCUGGCAUGGACUGACCUCCUCUUCGCCGGGGUGGCAGGAGAGGCAGAGCCUUUGUGGCCCAGCUAGUGACAGAGAAACCUGAUGAAGCCCUAAACAGGGGCCAGAGUGGCUUGGGGCCAGGAGAGCCGCUCCUGCCUAUGAGCUUUCUCCUUACAUAGGGGAGGGAGGGCUUGGCGAGGGUCCCCUGCCGCAGCACGUGCCCCUAUGCCCUUUGCACGUACUGUCAGAACAGGCAGGCUGUGCCGUGGCCAGCCCCUUGGGGGACUGGGAAAGGAGUGGCCACGGUGACGGCCACCUGCCCACCAGCACCAUGAAGUGCUCCCUGCGGGUGUGGUUCCUCUCGGUGGCCUUCUUGCUGGUGUUCAUCAUGUCCCUACUCUUCACCUACUCACACCAUAGCAUGACCACCUUGCCCUACCUGGACUCCGGGGCCCUGGGCGGGACGCACCGGGUAAAGCUGGUGCCUGGUUAUGCCGGCCUGCAGCGCCUCAGUAAGGAGGGGCUCUCGGGCAAGAGCUGUGCCUGCCGCCGCUGCAUGGGGGAUGCCGGCGCCUCGGACUGGUUCGACAGCCACUUCGACAGCAACAUCUCCCCCGUCUGGACGCGAGAGAACAUGGAUCUCCCUCCGGAUGUCCAGAGGUGGUGGAUGAUGUUGCAGCCUCAGUUCAAGUCACACAAUACCAACGAGGUGCUGGAGAAGCUGUUCCAGAUCGUGCCGGGCGAGAACCCCUACCGCUUCCGCGACCCGCAGCAGUGCCGGCGCUGUGCCGUGGUGGGCAACUCGGGCAACCUGCGAGGCUCCGGCUACGGGCAGGAGGUGGACGGGCACAACUUCAUCAUGAGGAUGAAUCAGGCGCCAACUGUGGGCUUUGAGCAGGAUGUUGGCAGCCGGACCACACACCAUUUUAUGUAUCCUGAGAGUGCCAAGAAUCUGCCUGCCAACGUCAGCUUCGUGUUGGUGCCCUUCAAGGCCCUGGACCUGCUGUGGAUUGCCAGCGCCCUGUCCACAGGGCAGAUCCGAUUCACCUACGCACCAGUGAAGUCCUUCCUUCGAGUAGACAAAGAGAAGGUCCAGAUCUACAAUCCGGCCUUCUUCAAGUACAUCCACGACAGGUGGACGGAGCACCACGGGCGGUACCCUUCCACAGGCAUGCUGGUGCUCUUCUUCGCCCUGCAUGUGUGCGAUGAGGUGAACGUGUACGGCUUCGGUGCCGACAGCCGUGGCAACUGGCACCACUACUGGGAGAAUAACCGAUAUGCGGGCGAGUUUCGGAAGACGGGCGUGCACGACGCAGACUUCGAGGCCCACAUCAUCGACAUGCUGGCCAAGGCCAGCAAGAUCGAGGUCUACAGAGUGUAAUAAAGAACUGCCGACUAUUUCGAGGUCCUGGGUGAGGGCAGGAGCUCCUCUGUCUGGAUCUUGGGAGCCUGAGGCCCAGUCUGCAGAGCCCGGGUGCCUGCAGCAGCUCCCGUCCUCUCUCCCUGUCCCGGUUCCUGCGGUGUCACCGUGGCCCAGCGCCUUCCCUGCCUGCUGCCCAGCCUGUCCGUCCUGGCCUUCGUCAUGCUCCGACCCGGUCCCUGAGCCCCACGGCCGAGGAAGGAUACUCCGAGGAGAGCGCUACCAGAAGCCGCUGUGAACCGAGCGCCUGCCACGCUGCUGCCCCAGAGCCACCAUCUCCCAGGGGUGGCGGUGUCCCAGCCUUCCCGGCCGCUCUCCAGGGGCUCCUUUCGCAGCCAGCGCCUGCCAGGAUGCAGCCCACACCCGCCAGCCCCAAGACAGAGUGCGCACCCGCUGUGUGUUCCCCCUAGCAGGAGCUCGCGCUGCCCUGCAGCCACUGAGUUGUCUCGCUGGCUCCACUCCUGGGAUGCGGGCAGGCUGGGGCUUGCUGGGAGAUCUGCAUUGCCCUUAUUCUCAAUAAUAGUGUAAUUAAGUUGGGAGUAGUGACACUCGCUUUAAUUCAGCACCUCCGAGGCUGAGGCGAAAGGAUCUCAAGUUCAGUCAGCCAGGGCUACAGGGCUAUAUUUAAGACUGGAACAUUUUUAGGACUUGUGGUGUGGUGGUGCACACUUGUAAUCCCACUUGGGAGGCUGAAGCAGGAUUGCUGCGAGUUUGAAGCCAAUCUCGGUUGCAUACUAAGUUCCAGGCCAGGCUGGAAUAUAGUAAAGCCUUGUCUCAAAUGAACAAAAAGACCAGCAAUUUCAGGUGGGGCUGGGCGUGUAGCUCGGUGGUAGAGGACUAGUCUAGUGUAGAGGAGGCCCUGGGUUCAGUCCCCAACACUACAAACAAAACAACCCUAGGAGUGCCAUUUAUUCUUUAUUGGAUCCCUAAAAUCCCUAACUUGAUGUCUGUCCAUGAGCAUCUGGACUGAAAAGCCUUGUUUGGAGACAGCUGCCCUAACCCUAUUCUUGUACACAGCGGGCAAUAAGACAGAACAUCCAGCAAGCCGGCAGCAAAGGUGACCUACCCUGGGGAGGGGUCAGAGAGCACUUUCCAGUUAUAUACACAGUCUUUUUAAUGAGCAUAAAUUAGCCUAAUAAGCAGAAAAAUACAAAUAAGUCAUGAUUAGUAAAGCAUUUCUCAUAAUUACAUUUAAAAUUUCUUAUACUGAAUGAUGCACGCAGAUAAAGUUCUAUCCCUACUCAUACCGUGUAUGAACUAUGAAAUCCAUCAAGGCCACGGCGUGGGUAGAGCCGCACCGGAGCCCACACAGGCUGACACCUCCUCUCCAGAGGAAGGAUACCUAUGAAUCAGUACCACAUAAGUGGGCCAGGUGAGGCUCCAUGAACACCUGGGAGUCUCCUGGGUUCCAUUCCAUGGAGCAACGGGGAGGAGGGGAAGCCAGGCCGGAGCCUCAUGGACUCGCCCACCAGGCCUGGGACCUCUCCGGAGCUGGGAGCCACCUGCCACUGUAGGUCCCAGUUGGGAGUUCUCCACAGCACCAAGAUGCUCACGCGAGAGCAAGCAGGAAAGCAUCUGCUCUAGACAGCCGAGGGAAGGGGUGCUGGCAUCUCUAAUUUCAGAAGAACCCCAUGAUGGGGAAACCCUCGCGGACAGGUCCUGCAGUGCCGCUGGCUCAAGGGCCCUGCAGCCAACUCUUCCUGGCAUCGGGUGUGGCUGGGCGGGUCUUGCCCUCCUAGAGAUGUCCACCUCUCACUUUAGGGUGCAGGCUGGUCUCAGCACCCCAGCCAGACAGCAGGCAGGGGGGUCUGGAGCCAGUCACAUCGAUGGAAAGCAGACUACUGGAGGGACAGGGCACAUCACGACUUUGAAAGGUGCAGAGAAGAGUAUUUCCAAAAAUGUGAUUUCCUUUGAUUGUCCCCUGUUGUCUCUACAAGUUUUGGUCAAGUCCAAACAUAAUUUAAUGAGGUAGGUAGUUUCUUCCUUGCGCCUUCGUCUCUGGGAAGUGUCAAGGCUGGGGCCGUGUGAGCACUGGGCUCCCUCCUGGGGAGGUGACGAGGGCGGAACCAGGGACCGGGGCACUUCUCAGUUGGCUAUUUUCUCAAUCUCAUCCAGGUCAUCCGUGUCUAGUCUUUCUAUCUUCUUAUCUGGGGGAAAGAGACCAGCAUGGGGUUGCUGUAGCUCCAGUCACUCAGAAGGGGACAGCAGCAGGGAGACAGACACAGAAGUCCCCGCCUGGCCUGGGAACACCACCCCCUGGCUCACUGGAAGCUGAGCACAAAGGAGUCCACAGCCCGGGCAGGGUGGCGGGGCCCAGGUCACUGGCACUGACAUUGAGUCCCCCAGGCCUCCCAACCAGGCCAGCAGGAAUCCGGCCUUUCAGUCCUGGCCCUGAAGGCCCCACAUGUGCUCCCCACAGGGCCUGGCAGAGACAUGAGGGGAAAAGGGCAGGCACAGGGACGAUGGUCCCUCCCCGUGCCCGCCUGCCCCUCUGAAAAGGGCUCCGGGCAGAUGAGGUAGGACUCACUGAAAUGCUCCUGGAUCCUGCUGAGGAUGCUCAUGCUGUGCUUGCUGUCCACCAUGUUCACGGCCAGGCCCCUCUUGCCAAAGCGGCCAGUGCGCCCGAUCCGGUGCAGGUAGGUCUCAUUGUCAGGGUUCCCAUCCUUGUCCACAGGGAGAUCAAAGUUGAUGACAACAGACACCUGCUCCACAUCGAUACCUGCAGGGAGGGCGGGGUGUGUGAGGCAGUCAGGGUGGGAGACAGAGUCCCAGUCAAGGCAGCCACACCCGUACUGUGGGCAGGAGAAAGAGGCUGGGACCUCUGGGCCGUGGGCACCAGAUGGCACAGGCAGGCCUGCAACAGCGCUAGAGCAGGAGGACAGACUCUGUCUGGCAGGUACGACAAGCCCGGGAAAUGGAAAGUCUCUGCAGACAGAGAAAUCCAUGGUUCUGCCCGGGGAGCAGCUCCCCCGACCUGGCCUGGGCUCCUAGUUUUCCUCCUGCUGGAGCAGGAAGUCUGGGCUCUCCCACAAAGCACAGCUGCCACCACCCCCCUGACGGCCUCCCAGUGUCCUCUUGCAUGUGCAGACUUCUCUCGCCACUGGGGCCCUGGGCUGUCUCUGCUCACCUCGGGCGCACACAUUGGUGGUCACCAGCACUUUCUCUUUGCCCUCUCGGAAGCGCUCGAUCACCGCUGCCCUCUGUUCCACCAUCAUCUCGCCACUCAGCAGAGCCACCUGAUGGCCUUCUUUUGAGAGCUCUGCUGCCAGCCAACUAGCUGUUUUGCGGGUCUGAACAUAAAAAAAGUGUUUUUGAGAAAGCUAAGAACUUCAGAGGACUCUCUGAUCUGGAAGAUGACCUAAAAUUUUGCAGCUAAGGGUUAAAUUUCCUAAAAUCGCCAACCUGGUGUGGUAUAAUAGACGGAGCUGGAUCAUCGGGGUAACUGUUCAGAAACGUUUCUACUAUAGAAGUAUUUUACCUACUUAGGAAUGGUAGUGGCACCCAUUUGUAAUCCCUCCACUCUGGGAGGCUAAGGCUGAAAGAUUGCAAAUUCCAGUCUGGUUUGGGCAGCUAUUGGAAAUCCUGUUUGAAAAAAGGGGCUCGAAACCAUGAAUUCUCUCCACACUGGCCCUGUUUCACCCUGCAGAGUAUAGUCUUUUCUCUUUCAAGUAAAUCUUUGAUCUUGCUGUUAAAAAACAAAAACAACGAACACCUGGGGAUGCAACACAGCCUGAAGGGCCUUGAUUCACUCCCAGGUAUUACAAAUAGGCAAGGAAGCACACAGUGACACAUUCCUGUAAUUCCAGCCCUCUGGGAGGCUGAGGCAAGAGAACCACAAAUUUAAGCUCACCCUGGGCAACUUAACAGCUGUCUCAACAAAAAAGGAAAAGCAAAUGGUCUGGGCAUUUAGCCCACUGUGAAGGUCCUGGGAACAAACAAACAACAAGUAAGUGCCGGGAAAUGUAGCCCAGUGUAAAGACCCAGUGUUCCAUCCCUAGCACCUGGCACAUACAUACCUACAUAAAUCUUUUUUUUUUUUUUUUUUUUUUUGGUCUUUUUCGUUUUUAUCGGUACCGGGGAUCGAACUCACGACUGGCUGCUUGCAAGGCAGGCGCUUAUGCCGCUGAGCUAAAUCCCCAGCCCCCCCUACAUAAAUCUUUAAAUUGAACCUGAAUAGAUUGUAAGUGGGAAAUGGGAGAAAUAACACAUGGCUCUUAGGCUGGACUUUUUUUUUUUUUUUGCCUUUUUCAUUUUUAUCGGUACCAGGGAUCGAACUCAUGACUGCCUGUUUGCAAGGCAGGUGCUUAUGCCGCUGAGCUAAAUCCCCAGCCCCUAGGCUGGACUUUUAAGAUGGCCGUGUUCUAAAUGGUAUUUUUGGGAGUGGGAGGUAGGACUGGAGUUCCAGGCAAAGGGAGUCUCAAGAGACAGCAUGGUAAAAUGCAACGAAUAAGCCUGGACUGGCUCAUAGCUUUAAACAACAAAAUGCACUAAGAAACAUCCUGCACAUGCAGAAAAAGGCAUCAGUGGACUGUGUUUCAGGUGAUGACCAAGCUGGGCACCGUGGUGCCAUGUCCAUAACACCAGCUAUCUGGGAGGCUGAGGCAGGAAGAUGGCAAGUCCAACACUUCAGCAAGACCCUAUCUUACCAAAUAAAAAGAGUUAGGGAUGUAGCUCAGUUGUAGAGUACUUGGGAGGAGAACUGGAGAAUGUUCCUGUAUCAUUAGGAAAGAUAUAAAGAUGGCACUGUGGUCAUGUGGGUUUGAAAACCUCUUGUUCUUAAGGAUUAGGUGAACUGCACAUUUACAACUAAUUCCACAAUGACUGAGCAAAAAAGAAACUUCUACACACACAAAUGGCUAUAGCAGAAGUGGCCAAAUGCUGACAGGCAGAGAGGCCUUAAGUCUUUUUUUUUCCCUAGCUUUUUUGUAGGUUUGACUGUUUUAAUUUGAAGUUGGGAGAGAUAAACUUUUACUUUAAAAAAACAAAACCACAGCACUUGAUACUAACCGAGCUGUCUAUAUCCUGGCCUUAUAUCUAAAGCUUGUGAUAUGUUGUGAUAGUUGGGUUGAAGAAGUGCAAUAUUAAAACAAAAGCCAUGAUCAUUAAGUCCAUUGUGUAAAGAUGCACUCUGAGUUAUAACUCAAAGACACAACUUUGAGAACAAAAACAAACCAUAAAUACCUCUAAAAAUCACAGGAAUAAGUCUUGUACCAACAUAGGGUGAACUGUCUUAUUCUUAUAUUCCUUAACGUUAUUUUGAAGUGUUUUUCAGCGAUCUUAAACACUCUAGCUGGGUGUGAUGGUCCAUGCCAGUAAUCACAGCACUUGAGAGGCUGAGGCAAGAGGAUAACUUCGAGUUCAAGGUCAGUCUUGGCGACAUAGUGAGACUUUGUCUCAAAAAACACUCAGACAUGAUGGUGUAAAUCUGUAAUUCCAGCACUUGGGAGGCUGAGGCAGAAGGACUGCCCCAAGUUUGACACCAGUCUAGGCUAGCGUUAAGGUCAGCCUGAACUACGUGUGAGACCCUGUCUCACAAAACAAACUUGGGGCUGGGGAUAUAGCUCAGUAGUGCAAGUCUGCCUGGCAAGUGUAAAGCCCUGAGUUCACUAGCUGAUACCAAAAUCAAAAACAAAAAAACUGCUGUGUGUGUGUAUAUAUAUGUAUAGUAUAUACAUACACAUACACACUAUAUAUGUUUAAAUUUGGUUUUGCUAUUAUAAAUAAAUGAGCUUUCUAUUUUCUAAGUGUUUCCUGUUGGUAACUAUAUUAAUUUGAUAACCAUCUUAUUAAAUUUAUUUCCUAGAAUAGCAGCUUCUCUAGGGUUUCCUGAUAACACUAUCACUUACCAAUAAGGUAUGCAGUUCAGGAAGCUUUAUGUUUAGGCUCAGUAUCUCUCAGAAUGCUACUAGUACAGAGCCAGGCAUAGGGCUGCACACCUGUAGUCCAACCACUUGGGAAGCUGAGGUAGGAGGACUGCAGGAAGUUCGAGGCCAACUUGGGCUACAAAGCAAGACGCUAUCACAAGAGAAAUCACUGUCAUAAGAAAAUGCUAAUGCAAACUGUUCCAUCUUCACAAACCACUUCCAUUCUCCCUACAGUGCAAUCUGGUAGGUGGGGCUAGCCAGGGAGGGGACAGGGCAGGCCCACAGCCCCCACUGCUACUCACGUGGCAGAAAAUCAUGGCUUGUGCGAUGGUGAUGGCCCCAUAGAGGUUGCACAAGGCCUGGAACUUCUCGUCCCUGUUGCUGCACAGGACAUAAUACUGCUUGAUGGUGUCCAGUGUCUCCUCCUCGCGCUUCAGUUUGAUGAUGUUGGGGUCUGGGACUACCUUCUGGGCAAACUUCCACACAGAAUCUUCAAACGUGGCAGAGAAAAGCAGCAUCUGGCAGUUCCUGGGCAGCAUCCUGCAAGGCCCCAGGUGUCACUGCAAGGCAUAGAAGCCCAGUCUCCCCAGCUCGGAUGGGCUUGAACCCUAGCAGGCAUGGGGGUGGCACAGGUCUCAGGUGUCCUGUCAUGGCCCAGGCUGGGAGGACAGUCAGUGCUGAUGUGCAGGUGACCUGUAGGCCAACACUGCUGCACGGCCCAGAGGACAGAACCCCACAGAAGCAAGAGGAGGCCCCGGAGCUCCUCCUGGCCUGAGCUCCUACCUCUGGAUGCGGAUGCUCUGAUCCUGGUGGCCCUGGGUUGCUAUCAUCACAUCAGCUUCAUCCAGCACAAAUACCUUGAUCUUCUUGGGGUCAAUGAACUUGAGCUUGGAGCACCAGUCCAGGACUGUCCCGGGGGUGCCAAUGACAAUCUGCUCACUGAUCUUCUGACCUCUUUCCACUGUGGAGAAGAGAUGUUUGCUGAGGGUGUGUCCAAGGAAAAGCCUGCUCUGGAAAUCAAAGCCCGGCCUGUACUUCUGGGACUAGCAGAACAGAGUAAUUCCAGACUUCAAACUGCAGAAGUUCUACCCUUAAGCCUCUGCUUUCUUCUACUAUGACGUGGGUCGGAUGAUACCUGUCUAAGGGACCUGUGAUCAGCAUCAAAUUCCACAUGGAGGCCCCUCAGCAGAUGUCAUUUCCAUUUUACUUUCUCCUAUAAUUUCACCUGACACAAGUCUUUUUUCCCAGGAUCUUAGCACAAUGAUAUUUUUGCUUUGGUCUCCAGUGAUUUCGCUUAUGUUAGCUAGUUCCUGUAAGUACAAACUUUUUGAUUUAAAAAGUACUACAGUGGGGGCUGGGGAUUUAGCUCAGUGGCAUAAGCACCUGCCUUGCAAGCAGGCGGUUAUGAGUUCAAUCCCUGGUAACGAUAAAAAUGGAAAAAAAAAAAAGUACUACAAUACUCUCAAACUUGUUUCAACCAGCCAGCUGGGUUACAUGGUGAGAUAGCUUACCAUAUCUCAAAAAAGGGGCGAGGGGUGCCGGAGGAACUAAAUGUACAUGCACUAACUCCCCACAACAAAGGUUAGCAUUAUAUACUGCCAACAUGUACUAAUAAUUUAAAAAUUAAAAAAAAAAAAUCAAGUGUUAGUAGUAAUACCAUCUUGCUCAUGGGAGAGGUUUACACACACAGGGAAACUUGCACUUGAUAGCAGCAUUUGCCAAGCCUGAUGUGUACACUACAUUGCUCUCAGACUCUCAAGCUGGUUUAACUUGAAACUGAUACAACCAUUAUCAAAAUCACCAAUGCACAUAACCUCUGAACAACACUUUCACUAUCAGAAACUUUGCAAUGUACACAAAAUAUGCACACACACACACAACAUGUAAUUGAUCUGCAAAAUAUGAAACACCUAAUGGUUGACAACAAUAAAGUAUGAAAAUGAUUAGGAAUAGAUGUGAGAUAAUCUCAAAAAUACAUAUAUAAUUGCAGGGAUAUAGCUCAGCAGCACAAAUGUUUGCCUGACAAGUGCAAGGUCCUGAGUUUGAUUUCCAGUACCCUCCCCACACAAAAAAAUAUGUAUGCCCCCCCCCACACAAGACACAACGGUAUACAUAUAUCUCAUAUACAGGCAGAAGAUAUACAUAUAAUUAGCAGAAUGGCAGAGUACUCCUGGGUUCAAACCCCUUAUAACAACAAAAAGGUAGUUUCCCAGUGCCCACUGCCUGAAAAUAAAAUCAAGUGUCUCCCCAGUGCUAUGAAAUGCAGUGAUCACGCCAGCCCCUCACACAGAGUGAAGGGCGUGGCAGAAACCACCCAGAGCAGGCACAUACUUCUGUGCACCCCACUGGGCACCUGGGCCUGCUGGUUUGAGUACUGUACCCAUAAUUUCUGGGUACAGUGCUUUUGUUACUCUUGCCAAACAAAAUGCCGUGACUUUCUUCAGAAAAAGCCCAUUUUUAUUAUUUGUAUGGUGAAAUAAACUGCCCAGUUUUGUUUGUAAACUGAUAGGCAAACAAGAGAUACUCAAGUUGAAAAUUUGGGGGUUGGGGAUUUAGCUCAGUGGCAUAAGCGCCUGCCUUGCAAGCAGGCAGUCGUGAGUUCGAUCCUUGGUACCGAUAAAAAGGAAAAAGACCAAAAAAAAAAAAAAAACGAAAAUUUGAUAUAUGCUUUCUGAAAUGAUCAAAGAAAGCUUGAGAAUGGGAGAAAAAAGCUGUCUCUUUAAUUAAAAAAAAAAAUCAACUGCAUUUGUUGUCACUAUAACACCUGAGCUACCAAAAGAAAUUCUAAAUUUUGUAAAACUUGUAAGUGCUAUCAAGUGAGUCUCCCAAGUGCAUUAACUUCUCUGCUGAAUCUGGUUGUGAUAGUACCUGCAAUUCAAUUUUUCUUGUUUGCUGUAAGUCUCUCCAUGUAACCUAAGAUAGCCCUGAACUCACUAUGUAUCCUGGGCUGCUUCAAACUCAUGACAAUCCCUAUCUCAGCCUCCCCAAUGCAGGAAUUACAUGUAUGGGCAACUACCUUAAUUACCAUUUGUUAAGUCUGGGUGUAGCAUUCAUAAAGAUAUAUUAUUAUCUUUUGUUUGUUUGCUAUGUAGUUCAGGAUGGUCUGGAACUCUUCUAUGUAGUCCAAGCUAGUGUUGAACUUGCAGCAAUCCUGUUUCAGGCUCCCAACUUCUGCGAUUAUAUGUGUUGGCUACCAUGCCUGGCUGUUAUUUAUAUUAACGUUGAGUUACACAUACUAGGCAAAGACUACCACUGAGCUAUGUUAUUUUUAAAUUACUAAACAUGUCUUUGAAAGUUUCUCUAGUUCUGUUUUAGCAUCUACUAUGACACAACCUGCAUAACAGAAACAAAGUGAAAGUGAGAAAAUGCUGAGGCCCUACAGUGAGAAUGGCACACAAGACCAUCAAGGCUGUGUGGGUCACAAGGGUGUCCCUCUUGAGUUCCUCCAGGCAGUGUCCAACUGUUGCCAAGACCCCAGCUUCUGCUCAGCUAAGAGGGGCCAAGGGGCAAACUUGUCUAUUUUUCUGAGAGCCGAUGAGGUGCGGGAUCUUUUUGCAUUACUCUGGUAGCCAUGUGAAGAGCUGGUUCAACUGAGACUCUUUGUUCACUGUCCUAGUAGAUAGUAGACUGCUUGGUUUUUCUUGCUGUAUGGAAAGUAUUUUACAUACUGAUAACCUUCUAAUGAAUCUUUAAAACCUCUUCCCGCUCCUUUUAACCUGAACUUUCUCUAUGAUAUCUGCAGAACACAUGGAAGAAAGAACUGGAAGGAUUAUUGAUUGUGAUUACAGCUAGUUUCUUCUUUACUAAAGCUGGUGCUUACUGCUAAGGAAUCUGAUUCCAACCUGCCACCCCUGCAGGUCCUAGAACUCAAAACCCUGUCUUAGUGAAGAAUGCCAGAUGCAGAACUGUACUACAGGAGCCUGAGGCAGGAGGAUCAACCUCCAGGAACCUUGCAGAAUUUUCAUGUUGAACAACUUAAAAUCUUAACACUGAAGAGGAGAGGCAGGCUAGGAAGUAGCUCAGCAGUAGAGUGUCUGCUUAGCAUGUGUACGAUGGGCAUGUGCCCCCAGGAUUUUGGAGGGGAUGGCCACUAGAGAACUGUAAACAGAUCAGCAAGCACAGAUAUUCCUCUUUAAGACUGACCUGUUUAAACUGUUUAGACUCAUGACUGAGGCAUACCACUUGCACUUAGGACCUGUCUUAUUUUGUCACAGUUCUGCAUAUCUUGUUGCUAAGAGUCUUAGUGUCUUUUUGUACUAUACAGUUUUUUCAUAUAGUACUGAAAUUUUUGCUGAUUGUACUGUUCAAUACUACAGUUUUAUGUUUUUUUAUAUAUUAUAGUAUUACAUAUAAGAGCUAUGCAAAUAAAAAGUCUCUCACUUGGA